CUAACCACAACCCGACGCACCCUUCUCUUCCACCUAAUCCAACUCUCAAAAUUUGGGGAUUUUCCCUUUUUGUUGUUCAAUUUAGAAGCUAGGGUUUCUUAAAGAGUCAUAAUUAAGCAGUAUAUAAAGGAUGCAGCAACCAUCACCCAUGAUUCCAAUGAUGCCUUCUUUUCCUUCUCCUAAUAUCACUACUGACCAGAUUCAAAAGGUAUUUCUUUAUAUUUUCAGGUGUCAGGAUUCUUGUGGUAAAAUGGGUUUUGUUAUGUGAUGCAGUACCUGGACGAGAACAAGACAUUGAUUUUGGCCAUAUUGGACCAUCAAAAUCUUGGGAAACUAGCUGAAUGUGCACAGUACCAGGCUAAACUUCAGAAGAACUUGAUGUACUUGGCCGCAAUUGCUGAUGCUCAACCACAAUCACCACCUAUUCCAACGCAAAUGUCUCCUCAUCAUGCAAUGCAACAAGGAGGAUUUUACAUGCAGCACCCUCAGGCUGCCGCCAUGACUCAACAACAGGGUAUGUUUACUUCACAGAUGCCACUGCAGUUUAACAACCCGCAGCAACUACAGGAUCAGCAGCAGCAUCAACAUCAACAACUACAGAGACAGCAGCAACGUAUGCAACUUGGAGGUGCCAACAGUGGAAUGCACUCCACUCUCAGUGCUGCAAGUCAUAGUAGCCAGCUUACAACUUCAGGCGCUGGUGAUGCACGUGGAGGAAACAAACAAGACAACUCUGAAAUUGAGCCUUCGGGUGCUGAUGGUCAAGCUAGCUCCGCGACUGUCCAAGGUUCGGAAGAACCCAAGUGAUGGACCUCUUAAAUAAUGUCCGAUAUGUCCACUAAGGGCAGUUGAUAGUAGGUUUAGAACUAGUGUUUCUGUUUCUCUUUCGAGUUGACCUUUGUUGUAACUUGUAGUUAAGAGGAAGAAAGCUUGUUGAGUUAUAUAUCCCAGUGCUUGUAAUUCUGUAAUAGCAUAGAUCAGCAUUGUUCUUAGUGUUGGCUAUGAAUACUGUUGUAACUAGCUAAUUAUGUCUAUAUUUGUGCUACAAAAUAUCUAGCUAAUUAAUACAAUAUUUCAAUAUGGACUGUUAGCUCAUACGCUAACGUCCCCUCUCAAA